AUGCUACCGUACCUCUUCCCUGACCUUGCUGCCUUUCCCACUGUUGCUGACCUCAUUACGCACCUCCGCACUAGUGACACUCGCUACCGCGCUGCGCUUCCUGCUGAGUUCUGCGCCAAGAACCCCCCCCCCCCCAUGUACAUCACCCUCUACUACAUAGUCACCCGUCUCCCUGACUCUCUCCGUGUAGUCAGGGACCACUUCCUCUCUGAUUGCCCCACCACUCUCACCGUUGACCUCCUCAAGAAGGCCCUCCUAGCGAUAGAGAAGAGCAUAGUCGCUGUAGGAGCCUCUCGUGGUGAACCUCGCACCCCCGUCUUUGAGGGGUGUUCUCCCUCCCCCCUCUUGCCCUCUGUUGCCUCUACUGCUGCGGGCGACCUCGUUGGUUUCGAGUCGGUCAGCGCUGCGUCUGCCCCGAGCGGGAGACGCCGCACUGGCAAGGGCAAGGGGGGCAAGGGCACUGGAGGAGGUGGAGGGGGCGGUGGAGGUGGUGGUGGAGGCGGUGGAGGGAGUGGGGGUGGUGGUGGGAGUGGUGAUGGGGGUGGCGGCGGCGGCGGCAGCAGUGGAGGCGGCGGAGGCGGUGGAGGUGGCGGAGGGAGCGGAGGCGGCGGAGGUAGUGGAGGAGGCGGAGGUGGAGGAGGCGGCGGAGGCGGCGGAGGCGGCGGCGGCGGUGGUGGAGCGAGUCGCGACUCUGCGUCGAGGAGUGGCGCCGAUGGUGGUCAGCGCCAGCAGCAGCAGCGGAGUGGUGCCGGGGUUGCUAUCUUCAAUCUUGACCUUGAUGCUAUUCUUGCUGCCAUGUAUGUUGUUGCUGAUAGUGUUGAGGGUGCCUGUUACCUGUGUGUACCGCCUGACCCGGGCAUUGAGGCUGCUGCGCUAGGUGCUUGUGAGACUGCUGCUCUAGGUGCUAGUGCGUCUGCUGCCCCAGGUGCCAGUGCGUCUGCCGCCCCAGGUGCUGGUGAGUCUGCUCUCUCAGCCCCCUCUGGCACCCUAUCUGGUCUCUACCUCCCCUCGUUCUCUACGAACUUGGUGAGUGGAGCGGACCUACAGGAUCGAGGGGUUGACCAGUUCACUCCUGCGAGUCAGCGAGUGACCCACUGCAGACUCUCCUUUGGCACCACCGCCUUGGUCACCCCUCCUUGCCUCGUCUCCGAGGCAUGGCCUCCCGUGUCCUUGUCUCUGGUCUUCCCUCCCCUUCCUCUGGCGCCUGGCCCUACCUGCGUCCCCUGCGUCGAGGGGCGACAGUGCGCCGCCCCUCACUCCUCCGAGUUUCCUCCGACAGAGGCUCCGCUGCAGACUCUACACAUGGACGUGUGGGGCCCAGCCCGCAUCAGUGGGCAGGGGAGAGAGCGGUACUUUCUGUUGGUCAUUGACGACUACUCGCGUUACACCACAGUCUUCCCCUUGCGCAGCAAGGGUGACGUCACUGAGGUGUUGAUCGACUGGAUCCGCGCAGCUCGUCUCCAGCUCAAAGAGAGUUUCGGCUCGGACUUUCCUGAUUUGCGUCGGCACUCGGACAGAGGAGGGGAGUUUUCCUCUGCCCGUCUGGGAGCCUUCUGUCGGGCACAGGGCAUCCGCCAGACCUUCACGCUUCCGGCCUCUCCACAGCAAAAUGGGAUUGCUGAGCGCCGCAUUGGCAUGGUCAUGGACCUGUCCCCCCGUGCUGUUCCUUGCGUCUUCCUUGGCUUCCCCCCUGACGCGCCUGGCUGGCAGUUUUACCACCCCACCACGCGCCGUGUUCUGUCCUCCCAGGACGUCAGCUUUGACGAGUCGGUGCCUUACUACCGUCUCUUCCCCUACCGCACUGCGCCCCUCCCCCCGCCGCCGCUCUUCCUUGCGCCAGGUGCUACUCAGGUAGACCCCCUCCCUCCUUAG